CUUUCCUUCACCACCCACCCGGGCUAUCUGCCCACAGUCACUCCUUUAUCGAACUACUACAGUUCACAUUUUAUCCUUCAAUUCUAUUCCACUCGUGCAGACAGGCUAGACGCCCUCUCGCGAUGAACUUGUUCUCCAUCGCCCUCCUCGGGCUCCUAUGGGCCAACCAGGCGCUGGGCGCCGCCGUGUUCGCCCACUUCAUUGUCGGCAACGCAUGGAACUACACCCUUGCCGACUGGGAAGAUGAUAUGACACUGGCCCAGGAGGCCCAUAUCGACGCAUUCGCCUUGAACAUGGGGUACGGCGACUCGUCCACAGCAACCCAAGCUGCUCUCGCCUUCGAAGCAGCCAACAAAGUCGGCUUCAAACUUUUCUUUUCCUUCGACUACGAAGGAGGCACCGGUGCCUGGCCGGAAUCCGACAUUCUCACUUACCUCCAGAAAUACGCUUCCAACUCCGCCCACUACAAGUAUAACGGAAAAGCGUUCGUCUCCACCUUUGAAGGUACUGCCUACGCGACGGAUUGGAAAUCUAUCAAGUCCGAGGUUGACUGCUUCUUCGUCCCGGACUGGUCCUCCCUCGGCGCAGAGGGCGCAUAUGAGGCUGGUGGGGGAGGUAUUGUCGAUGGUCUCUUCAGCUGGGGUGCCUGGCCAUCCGGCCCGAACAACAUGAGCAAUGCUACCGAUCUCACUUACCUCGACCUCGACAUUCCCUACAUGAUGCCUGCCUCCCCGUGGUUCUACACCAAUCUCGCUUCAUACAGCAAGAACUGGCUCUGGCGCGGCGACAGCCUGUGGCACGAUCGCUGGGAGCAGAUCUGGGAUCUGCAGCCGGAGUGGGUGGAGAUCCUCACCUGGAACGACUACGGCGAGAGCCACUACAUUGGACCUAUCCGCGAAGAUGCGAUUAGUCUUAUGACCACUGGUGGUGCACCACUUAACUACAUCGAGAACAUGCCUCAUGAUGGAUGGAGAGAUCUCCUCCCCUUCGCUAUUGACACUUACGUGAAUGGAAACGCUACUCUCGGCGAUGAAGGCAUCGUCACCUGGUACCGACCGAACCCUUCUGAGGCCUGCGGCACCGGAGGUACGACGGGUAAUACCGCGAGCGAGGGACAGACGCUGUACCCACCUGCUGAAGUAGCUGAGAACAAGAUCUUCUACUCUGCGAUGCUUCAUUCGCAUGCCAAUGUCACUGUCACCGUCGAUGGAAAGUCGUUGGGCGCUACUUGGGCCCGACACGGCCGGAACAGCGGCGCGGGACUCUAUCAUGGCGCCGUGGAGUAUGGCAGUGCGACUGGUAAGGUGGUUGUUAGCAUCACUCGGGAUGGAGAGACGCUGGCCAGUGUGGCUGGCGAGUCGAUCAAUGCGACAUGUGUGAGCGACUUGUCCAACUGGAAUGCUUGGGUGGGAUCUAGCGUUACAAAGAAGACGAAUUCCCGUCGUGACACUACACCACGGGUGAAGAGUAGGCAUGCGCACCGUCAUGUUGGUAGAGGACAUACCCAUUCUCAUUGAUGCAGGCAUGGUGGGUGUUUAGAUUUCAAUUCAGUUCGAUUCAACUUGUACUAUGUUACGUUAUUGAUCCAGUGAUAUGAGACGCAAGCUGUAUACUUCUCUACGUAUUGGUGCCUUGGAAAGUCUGAAAAUGCAAUGAGGUGGCAUAUUCCGGCCGGAAGUGUGUUCCUGUGACCGCGAGACAGCUAUUAGUCGAUGGUGUGCCUUGACUUGGUCUAUCGCUACUUCUCCCCCUUGGCUAAGUCUGGCUUGUGCUGCUAUCAAUAAAGCCUUUGGGGGUCGACUGUCCAAAAGUUGAGAGAGGUGUCUUUUAGGUGCCCGUGUCAUGGGGCCUAAGUUUCCCCAUAUGCUCUGGCGCAUCCACUCUAAAAUAUAACGAUGUUUUCUGUUAGACUGAGACGGACGAACUCUAUUUAUAGUCUACAAUGUAUACACAAUGAAGGAA